AUGACAUUUGCGGACAGUUGUGCUUUGUUAUCGUGCCGAUUUAUUUCUCGUUUUAUUAGAAGAAAAAAACUCUUGUGUAUUAAUACUAGCAGAUUUCAUAUGGAUAAUAAGCAUGAAGCAAAGUCUGCUAUGGAAAUCGUGAACGUACCGCCGAUCAUAUCAACGUACCGACAUGCUUUACGUACUUUCGAUGACAAAUUCAAAAAUGAUUUCAGCACCAACUUGAGCAAAUUAAAAUCUAUGAUGGAUACAUUGAAGGCAGACGAUUUCAGCUUCGACCAUACUUUCAAAGAUCCCGGUACGUGGCGACGGCCUAACAAGGCUCCCUGCACAUACAUUGAAGUGUUUCAAAAUAAUAAAGUUAAUAUGAGUAUUUUCAUACUUAAACCGGGGUUUAAGAUGCCCCUACACGACCAUCCCCAUAUGCAUGGACUAUUAAAAGUUAUAUCAGGAGCUGUACGAAUCAGAAGUUUUACAGAAUUCCCAUUAAAAGAGGUAGUAAGUAAAGUCGAUUUUAAGGUUCGUGCUAAACAUGAAGCUGCGCGGCUCGCCCAAGGUCUACACAAGCGUAGACGACUGUUUGCGCAAAUUUCCCAGGACCAUGUGUGCACAGACAAUUCUCAAACAUGUAUUUUAACACCAACCGUAUCAAAUUAUCAUGAAAUUGAAGCAUUACACGAACCAGCGGCGUUUUUCGACAUUUUAGCGCCACCAUACGAUACAUUCAUAGAGGGAAUUGGUCCAAGAAGAUGUAGAUAUUAUUAUGUAGCUAAUGAAAUAAGCUCAAGUCUAGUGGAACUACAAGAAACGACAGUGCCAGAGUGUUUUUAUUGUGAUCAGGCACCAUAUCUGGGGCCAAAUCUUUCAUAGGUAAUAAUAAUUAUAUUUUUGCUGGUAUACAAUCACAGAGUUACCAAGAGGUGGUGAGAACUUGUGUCUGCAUUUAAACGUCUAGUUCAAAUGUUUUUGUGCCUUUUAUUUAAAUGAUGCACUAACCGCUGCCUUGAUGAAUAGCAAGGUUUAUAAAGUGGGUUUAGUGUUAGUUAAAGCUCUGAUACAUUUAUAAGUUACCUGUUAAUAUAUGAAUAGGGUAGGAGAUGAGGAAUACACCAAAUCACGUUUAUGGGCACUUUUUGACAGCUAAAGACUUUUAAUUAUACAUAGAUAAGUAAAUUUUUAACAAGCCUUAAUUGACACGCUCAGUUUUAUUGAUUCCAAAAUCAACUAAUUUGGUUUCCAAAAAUGCUUCGAAUUUGCAGUAGCAAUAAAUUUUUGGACAAUAGAAACUGGGUAUAAUAGUAUUUUGUAUGUGUAAUAUAAUACAAUUUAUUUAAUAGAUAUUAGACUGAAUUACAAUUUUUAUGAAUUAUUUUGACAAUACAUCGAAA